GCAGCCAGGUGAAUGAUACGGAGUGCACAGCAGCAGCAGCAGCGGACAGUAUACAGUACACACAGCGCGGACACGGGCUGACAGCAGCGCUCGCAUCACCUGCUCCCACAUCACCAGCGGCUCCAUCACUCGGCAGAGCCCGGAGCUUGUCUGCGGGGAGGGGAAGCGGCCGGAGGUGCUAUGCCCACAGAGAUCAUGAGCGCGGUGAGGAUGCAGCCCAUCUCCCAGCUGCAGCACCACAGCCCGGUGCUGCCCAUCAGGCUGCUCACCCGGGGGCCCGACUACCUGCGCCGCCAGAUAGACACCGGCACGCCGCGGAGCAGCCUGAGCGCCGUGGAGCGGCUGGCAGCGGACAAGGCCAAGUACGUGAAGAGCAAGCAGCAGGCGGCGGCGGGCGGAGGCAGCAGUGCGGGGGGCAGCCGGCGCGGUGCGGGGGGCAGCUCGGCCUCGGAGAACAGCAGCAGCAGCAGCGGCGGCAGCUCCAGCAGAAGGAGCCAGCAGGACGGACCCCCCCCGGCCGCCGCUGCCGUCCCCCCCAUCCCGGCGGUCAGGCGAGGCAGCAGCAAGCGGCUCCUGCGCCCGGACUCCCUUCUCAUCUACCGGCAGAAGAGCCGCGGGGAGGGGGCGGCGGAGGAGGCCAGGACCGGCCUGGUACGGAGGCUCUUCCUGGGCAGCAGCGUGAAGGAGCGACCGCUGCUCUCUCUAGCGCCCCCCGCCGGCGAGGGCCGGACACAGGACGCCCCGCAGCUCCUGGACCCCCGCUCCCGCACCGGCCUGCACCGCUCCCAGUCCGACAUCAGCUCCCGCUACUCCCGAUCCUUAUCCGACUUCGACACCUUCUUCAAGUACUGCGGCCUGGAGCCCGAGGUGGUGGAGGAGCUGGGCCGGGAGAGGUUCGCCGCUGCCCCGGAGGAGAGCUCGGAGGGCGCCGGCCAGCACCGCAUCCGCAGCGCCAGUGUGGCCACCUCGGACAGCGGCUUCAGCCGGAGGAGCGGGGAGGACAGUACCGGGGGGUUGCAGGAGGACGAGCCGCUGGGCGGCGGGCAGCAGCUGCCGGGGGCGGGGGGCAGCAACACGUCGGUGAUAGAGCGCAAUGCCAGGAUCAUCAAGUGGCUGUACAGCUGCAAGAGGGCCAAGGAGACCCGGGGGGCAUCCCCUGACUUACCCUGAGGGACAGCCCACUAUGGCCUCAAUGCCCCUCCGGCCUCCUCUGCACUGUGCCAGGCAUUGUGGCCCCCACCUGAUGGAGUCUGGGGCAGCUUGUGGCUAUUGUGCAUGGCAUGCUGGCACUUGUAGUACCACAGCGUCUGGAGAUCACCAUUCUGCUUAUCCCUUCCAGUAUACCAGAGGCCUAUGUGCCAAGGGAUGGGAGGGGGCUCAGUAUACGCUGCUGGACAGCAACUGGCUCCAAUUUGCUUCAUUAUGUUGAGCACCAAGAAGGAGAUAUGCUACAUUUUGGUCUUUGCCAUGAAUGAAUGGGACCGUGGACAUGAACUGUCUGUGUGUGAUACACUGGGACCAUCCUGACACAGCCUGCACACUGAGUGAUACACUGGAACCAUCCUCACACAGUCCCAAAUGCUGAGCGACACACUGGGACCAUCCUCACACAGCCCCAAAUGCUGAGUGACACACUGGGACCAUCCUCACACAGCCCAAACACUGAGUGAUACACUGGAACCAUCCUCACACAGCCCAAACACUGAGUGACACACUGGAACAAUCCUCACUCACCCACAAAUGCUGAGCGACACACUGGGACCAUCCUCACACAGCCCCAAAUGCUGAGUGACACACUGGAACCUUCCUCACACAGCCCCAAAUACUGAGUGACACACUGGAACCAUCCUCACACAGCCCCAAAUGCUGAGUGACACACUGGAACCUUCCUCACACAGCCCCAAAUACUGAGUGAUACACUGGAACCUUCCUCACACAGCCCCAAAUACUGAGUGAUACACUGGAACCAUCCUCACACAGCCCCAAAUGCUGAGUGACACACUGGAACCUUCCUCACACAGCCCCAAAUACUGAGUGACACACUGGAACCUUCCUCACACAGCCCCAAUUACUGAGAGACACAUUGGAACCUUCCUCACACUACCCAAACACUGGAGCCAGGGCCCUGGGGAGAUUUGCUGCUGUGGGAUUGUUGCAUGCAGUCCAAGUAUUUUCUCUCUGUAUGGUAUAUUCUCCUAUGCAGCGUUCUGUACAGGUUACACAUCCACCUGCACUCACUCUAUGUUAUAUUCUCCUAUGCAUUGACCUGUACUUGCACAUCCAGCAUCGCUCUCUGUGUAUACACCAUGUACAGAUGUUCUGAUGAAAGCUUCUUUGUGGUCACAUAGAUUCUUUACCUUUUGAUAAUCAGUACAAUAAGACUCAAUCUUCUGUUAUGUAUAAGAGCUGCCUUUGCAGUAUGUAUCUAGAAAUGUCUGUGAUACCACCAGUGCUAUUUUCAGCCUUUAGGGUCUUCUAUGAAUGUCACACUAGUGCUAGAAUCCAUAUUGCUGGCUGUAUGGGGGGCUGCACGUGAGGGAAUGGUCUGCAGAUGGUGUUUUUGUCAAAAUCAAGGUCUUUUUUUUCUAUUGAGAUUGUAUGUUCUCUUCAGAUCCCUAAUAUCUGACUUUAUAUGUAAGCAGGAAUGUAUAUGUGAAGGUGUGUAUGAUAUUUCUGUUGUGCUUGUUGCAUAGGAGUGAUACUGAGUAUAGUGUCACAGCGUCACACUGCUCUGUGCAGAACCUGUGUAAUAUGACCUUCCACUUCCUAAUCUCAGAACAGGCUAAUGCUCCCAUUACACUCAAUUUCUCAGAUUGUCCUGAUA